GAUCGUUCAGUUGACAGGUGCAUUCAUUUGGCAGGCUCGCAAUCGGAUUCAUGGUUGGCAUCAAUUAUUAACGGAUGAUUACACAGAGCAGCCCGACCUUGCAUAAAGAUUCUUGUUCAAAAAUGUUAAAACCCGAAAUGAUAGCAAACUAUGUUUUCGCAUCAUUGCCAGAUGGUUGUCGCAUACUCCGACUGAAAGCAAUAUUCCAAAAUCCUGACAAUGCUUCGCAACUCUCUUCCGCAAUCAAAAGACGAGGGCAUAUCCAAAAUUCAGGAUGAAAACUUAGCCAACCCACAACCAUCCGAUGGUAUCGAUGGAGAGGGAAAGAAGAUUUCUAAACGUAAAAGAGGAUGUUUGAUAACGACAAAUGCAUGCAGCAGUUGUAAAACAGCCCGAUCAAAGUUCCGUUCAGUGUGAUGGCGAACGACCUUGCAGUCGUUGUAUUAGAAGAAUUCAAACUGGAGAAUGCUUCUAUGGAACUCAUACCAAAAUUGUAAAAGAGAAACUAGUCGAAUCGCUCAAUGAGAGUCAUGCAAUCAAUCGCAUGGCAGAAAGGGUGUUUGAAAGCCUUGCAGUAGCGGGAAAUGAACGCGAAGUCCUCAAUCGAAUAAGAAACAAGGACUCUAUUCAAGAUAUAGCACAAUGGCUAGGAACCACUGUCGAUGUCAAAGAGCAGCAAUCUACGUUACGAAUCAUUGACAAUGAAGUUGAUGGUCUAGAGACAUCAGCUUUCCAUUGGACAACAGUAACAGCCGACAAAGAUGUUCUCCAUCACUUACUAUCUUUAUACUUUACUUGGGUCCAUCCUUCUCAUUCUUUAUUCAACGAACAGCAUUUUGUGAAUAGCAUGCAUAAUAAUUCCAAUGAAUUUUGCUCGUCCCUUUUGUUCAAUGCUAUAUGCACUAUGGCUUGCUAUUUGCAUACGAUCUUGGAAAGCGACAAGACGAAUUACAAAGAGCUAGGUCAAAAAUUUGCUGAUGUGGUAAAGCACAAUAUCGAUGCCGAAGACAUUAGUCUCAUGACUAUACAGGCUUUUGCAAUUCUCUUUUUGAUAGACUGUGCACAAGGACAUGGAAUGCAUGCUUCAGCAUACUUGGAAGUCGCAAGCACCUCAUUAAUGAAUUUUGAGCAUACCGGCCUUGGCAGUGAUGCGUACCGGCAAGUUUGGCGUGACACCGUCGUUGGCGUUAAUAAUUUGAACAUUGAGUGGGCCCAGGUAACGUUCAGAAUGCCAGCGGCUCUCAUUAUAGAGGUUCCUGCAACGAAAUCCAUCGAGGAAAUCCAGAAAAACGAAGCCGAAGUUGAUGGUAUGAUGUGGGGAAUGUAUAGAUUCCCCAAGGAUGAUGAUAGCGUCGCGAAGCGCCACUGCCUCGUUGCAACAACCAACCGAGAGAAAAUGAAUCUUAUGGCUAUAAUUCGCACCAUUAAUAUUCUAAUGUAUAAUACCGACAGUUCUCAAAUAGCGGCCUCGGACAUUCUAAAUCUCUAUGGCAGAUUGGUAGCUUGGCGUGAGUUUCUGCCAAGUAUCAUCAGCAAGACAGAUAGCAAAGACGUACAGAUAUUGCCACACGUGCUUUCGCUUCAUUUGUUGUACGCUACGGCUGUUGUUCAGCUCCUCUAUCCACUCCUGGACCUUGGACUGUUCGAUACCUCUUGUCUAAGCUCAAUCGUUUGGCAACAUACACAGCAAGGUCUUGCUGUUGUUGAUAGCUAUCGCGCUCACUAUAGUUGUGCCUAUCAGCCCGUUUUACAAGUGUUCGCUAUACUAAACCUGACAGAUGUCAUCGUUCGGUUUUUCCCCAAGAUCAACCGAGAACUGGGAAAAAAUGAUGAAGAAGCUGUUAAACUUGCCACAGAGGUAUUGGAGCAAUCUCUGUUAAGCUUCCCUGUGGCUGCAAUAUUUACAGAAAAGUUUCGGGAAAUCACCAAGAAGAUCUUAUUUCCUUGGCCAAGCAAACUGGAUAAUCUCAUGUAUCACCAGAGAAGUAAAUCAAGGUCUCUUUUGGAUGAAGUCAUUGAUGUUUGUACUAGAGCCACCUAUAUUCAACCGAUCAGUUCUAUACAAAAAAGAUUUGCGACAGGUAUACAGUCGAACUGGUCGAUGUUAUCCUCCGGGUUAGGCGUUGUAGGGUCUUCUAAAAAUGCUUCUACACUGCAUCGGCCACUCGAGAAAAGAGUUAUGCAAAGCCUUCAUUACAUACUUGAUUUUCCAAUCAAGGAAUCAAGCAAGCCAUGAUAUAAUCUUUCAGUACCAUAAAGCAUGGGUUUAAGCUAUUUGUAGGGAGGAACAUUACAAAGCUGAUUGAUAUGGUUUCUGGGCAAGAAUGUGUACAUCCGGUGAUAAAAUUUACAUCACCCUGAAGGAUUGAACAGAGAAGAAGAAUAAAUAUAGCGAAUUAUACGAAUCGCAAUCUAUGUAUGUGGCUUGUCUGUUUCGUUAGCAAUUUGGGUUACAAAUACGAGAUUAGGAAAGGAAAGGAAAUUUUUGCAAUAGUAUUUUAUGUUUUGGCGAGAAAGAAAAAUUAGGGCUUGCGCGGCAUGAGAAAAUAGGAAAAGCAAUUCUUAUCUCCGUUUACAUGGCACGAAUAUUCCUCGGCAGAAGUCAUUAUUAGUACUAAUAGAAUGUUAGAAGCGGCCAUUUCUCGCUCAAAUUGUUGCGCAACGCCGUCGUAUGGAAUACAAAUAUUAAUACACGUGUUGCAGACGGAAUUUAUUCCCUCUCGAUAAAACCUAGAUCUUAUACCGGGGCCUAUGAAUUUCUCCCUUUAAUAUUGAGUACAAAAGCGCCA